CAUGAGGUGAUCGAAAGGUGGAAGCAGCACUUCGAUCAGCACCUGAACGGCGUGGAGAACGUAGGCACGGGAGCCCACGGCAACGGAAGAAACGACGACGCCAGUGCAGCGGAGGACGGAAAUGAAGCAACUCCCACGCUGAGGGAAGUUAAGGAUGCCAUUCACCAGCUCGAAACCAACAAAGCAGCUGGUAAGGAUGGUAUCGCAGCUGAACUCAUCAAGAUGGGCCCAGAAAAGUUGGCCACUUGUCUGCAUCGGCUGAUAGUCAGGAUCUGGGAAACCGAACAGCUACCGGAGGAGUGGAAGGAAGGGGAAAUCUGUCCCAUUCACAAGAAAGGCGACCAUUUGGAAUGUGAGAACUUCAGGGCGAUCACUAUUUUGAAUGCUGCUUACAAAGUGCUACCCCAGAUCAUCUUUCGUCGUCUGUCACCUAAAACGAAUGAGUUCGUGGGAAGUUAUCAAGCCGGCUUCAUCGACGGCCGGUCGACAACGGACCAGAUCUUUACCGUACGGCAAAUCCUCCAGAAAUGCCGUGAAUACCAGGUCUCAACGCAUCACCUGUUCAUCGACCGCGCAGAGAAUCAUGGACGAAAACGGCUUUCCUGGGAAGCUGACUAGACUGAUUAAAGCAACAAUGGACGGUGUGCAAAACUGCGUAAGGGUUUCGGGUGAACUAUCCAGUUCAUUCGAAUCUCGCCGGGGACUGCGACAAGGUGACGGACUCUCAUGCCUACUCUUCAACAUCGCUCUGGAAGGCGUGGUGCGACGAGCCGGGCUCAACAGCCAGGGAACGAUUUUAACAAAAUCCGGUCAAUUUGUGUGCUUUGCGGACGACAUGGACAUUACCGCUAGAACAUUUGGAACGGUGGCAGAGCUGUACACCCACCUGAAACGCGAAGCAGCAAAGGUCGGACUGGUGGUGAAUGCCUCAAAAACAAAGUACAUGCUGGUAGGCGGAACCGAACACGACCGGAUCCGUCUGGGUAGUAAUGUUCCGAUAGACGGGAAUGCUUUCGAUGUGGUGGAGGAAUUCGUCUACCUCAGAUCCUUACUGACGGCUGACAACAACGUGAGCCGUGAAAUUCGGAGGCGCAUCAUCAGCGGAAGUCGGGCCUACUACGGACUCCAGAAGAAACUGCGGUCGAAAAAGAUUCACCCACCGACGCGUGCUAAGAACGAUCUUCGGUGGUGUGCAGGAGAACGGUGUGUGGCGGAGAAGGAUGAACCACGAGCUCGCUACACUUUACGGCGAACCCAGCAUCCAGAAGGUGGUCAAAGCCGGAAGGAUACGGUGGGCAGGGCAUGUUGCAAGAAUGCCGGACAACAACCCUGCAAAGCUGGUGUUUGCAACUGAUCUGGUUGGCACAAGAAGGCGUGGAGCACAGAGAGCACGAUGAACGGACCAGGUGGAGCGUGACUUGGCGAGCAUUGGGCGCGACCGAGGAUGGAGAGCGGCAGCCACAAACCGAGUAUUGUGGCGUACUAUUGUUGAUUAUGUCUUGCCUUAAUGAUGUUAAACAAAUAAAUGUAUGUAUGUCUCCUUAAGGUGAGUAUAUGACAAAGCCGUGCCUCGAAUUUUCGAGAGCACAAAUCUGAAGAACCGAAUGUCGUAUUGCGAUAAAAAGUUGAUCGAUUGGUCACCACCAAUACAAUCGGGUUCUUCAGAUUUGUGCUCUUGAAAAUUUGAGCUGUGACUUCGUCAGUGCAGAAGCUGUUUGGAAGUAGUAAUCAAACGUUUAUUAUGAAUUCAAGUAUUUUCCUCCGACGAUGAGGUCUGCAAUAAUGCUGAAAAUAUUAUUUGUAACGGUUGUAUACCUUGGUAACGCCAAUGUUGGUUACACAGUUUGUUAGGAAAAUUUCUUAUUCAGUUUUUCUGAAGUGUUGAAGCUAUUUGGACGUAGUAAAUAAACGUUUACUGUUAACUCAAGUAUAUUUUUCCGGUGACAUCCGUCCUUCCAAACCCUAUUCUCUGCAACUAUGGAAACAAUGGCCAGGGGGCGUUUAAAGGAAGGUUGCAGUGGCGUUUCAGAGAGUCCCAAGUAAAGUAGUUUCAGUGCGUACCAGGAGAUCUCAGGGGCGGUUCAACGGAGUUUCAGGGGCGCUUUAAGGGGUUUCAUGAGUGUUCCUGGGGUUACAGGGACGUUUUAGUGGGUUUCAGGGGAUACAAAGAGGUUUGGAAGAAGUGGCUAGAGGUCUCAGGGACGCUUCAGAGGGUUGAAGGGCGUUUUAAAGGAUUUUCAGAGAGUACCAGGAGAUCUCAGGGGCGCUUCAGGGGUCUCAAGGGCAUUUCAGAGGGUCUUAACCCCACACUACCUGAACUUUUUUUUCGAGUGCAGAUUGUCUCCCCAUGGUUUAGAAGAGAAAAAAAGAUAAUUCAUCCCCGAGGUCUCUAAACGCAUCCCUGAAGGCAAUACUGAGAAUCCCUGAAGACAUUUAAUAGGAAAUCCCUAAAGGCAAUUUGUAGGAAAUUUUUGCAGGCCUAUAAUAACGUUUGUCUCACUAACAUUCCCUCCCAUCCUCGGUGACCGCAAGGACGUGGUCAGCGCCGUUAUUGACGUUACUAUAAUUGAGAGUUCUCGAACUGUGCACAUUGAGAAUAGUUAGCUAGUCCCAAGCCCAACUCAUUGG